GUGUGGUUGAAAAGUAGUAGUUGCAGUCGUUUACAGACAGUCUCGCCUCUUUUACUGCACUCCAGUGUUUACGAGCUUUCCUCCGGCUUGAAGUGAGUUUUGUCUUCGUCUCUCAUCACCAAGGGAACGAGCCAGCGACGUCACGCUAGCUAAGAAGGAAAGUGGGCUCUUUCUUUAACCAGGCAGAUGCUCCCAGCCGCCCAGCUUGGCAGAAAUGAUGGGAUGUGUCAACUAGAUGAUGAAGCCCUGGACAAUGUAAUCAGACUGAAGGAUCCAGCAGUAUUCACACCAAAGCAAGACUGGGACAGGACGCAAAAAGAGGAGGAGAUCAAAGACACAAGGAUGGGUGUAGGAAAAAAUACCUCCAAGUCAUUGGACAGUAGUACUGAAAGAGGGAAAUAUGAAGACGAGAGCCAACAUGUUGCAGAUUUCUUUCCUAUUUCGAUUGUGGUAAAUGGUGUGAGCGUGGCCAGCGCUGACCAAGAUACUGAAAACACAGAGUUGAUGUCCAUCUAUACUAAAGAUCAUCAUGGAGCAGAAAAGAGUUCAAUUUCCGAGACUUUGGACAGCACAGACAGUGUGGAUGCAAGGAGGCUGGACAUGAUCUAUACCAUUGAAGACACUCCACCCUGGUACUUGUGUGUGUUUUUGGGUUUACAGCACUACUUGACAUGCUUUAGUGGAACAAUAGCGGUGCCGUUCCUACUUGCCGAGGCCAUGUGUGUUGGCUUUGACCAGUGGGCCACGAGCCAGCUCAUAGGAACAAUCUUCUUUUGUGUAGGAAUCACCACACUGCUCCAGACGACACUAGGCUGCAGGUUGCCAUUGUUCCAGGCUAGUGCUUUUGCCUUCUUAGCACCAGCAAGAGCCAUUUUGUCACUGGACAAGUGGAAGUGUAAUGAUACAGAGGUCCCAGUAAUAAAUGGCACAGAGCUCCUGCACACUGAGCACAUCUGGUACCCCAGGAUACGAGAGAUCCAAGGGGCCAUCAUUGUGUCAUCUCUGGUCGAGGUGUUUAUCGGAGCCCUAGGUCUUCCAGGGAUCUUGCUGAAGUACAUUGGACCUCUGACCAUCACGCCCACUGUGGCUCUCAUCGGACUGUCUGGUUUCCAGGCUGCAGGGGAAAGGGCUGGAAAACACUGGGGCAUUGCUAUGCUGACUAUCUUCUUGGUGCUGCUUUUUUCCCAGUAUGCCAGGAAUGUUCAUUUCCCUCUGCCAAUCUACAAAGCCAAGAAAGGGUGGACAUCUUACAGGCUGCAAGUCUUCAAAAUGUUUCCUAUCAUCAUGGCUAUCCUGGUGUCGUGGCUGCUGUGUUUUGUUUUCACUGUGACUGACGUCCUUCCCCCGGAGAAGGACAAGUAUGGUUUUUACGCUCGCACAGAUGCACGUCAAGGAAUCCUCAGAGCUGCGCCAUGGUUCAACAUUCCUUACCCCUUUCAGUGGGGUGUUCCUACUGUAGGCAGCUCAGGUGUAAUAGGCAUGAUGAGUGCAGUCGGGGCCCGCAUCAUUGAAUCUAUUGGUGAAUACUAUGCUUGUGCCCGACUCUCUUGUGCCCCUCCACCUCCCAUCCAUGCCAUCAAUAGGGGUAUAUUUGUAGAGGGAAUUUCCUGUGUGCUGGAUGGUCUUUUUGGGACAGGAAAUGGUUCCACCUCCUCCAGUCCAAACAUAGGAGUGCUUGGAAUCACAAAGGUGGGCAGCAGACGUGUCAUCCAAUAUGGAGCUGCAAUGAUGCUGUUGUUGGGUCUUGUGGGUAAAUUCAGUGCACUGUUUGCUUCUCUGCCUGAUCCUGUUCUGGGAGCUCUAUUCUGUAUGUUUGGCAUGAUCACGGCUGUGGGCCUGUCCAACCUACAGUUUGUCGACCUCAACUCCUCCAGGAACCUCUUUGUUCUGGGAUUCUCCAUCUUCUUUGGUCUGAUGUUGCCAAGCUACCUCACAAACCCACUAGUCACUGGAAUAAUUGAGAUAGACCAAGUGUUGAAUGUCCUCCUGACGACAGCCAUGUUUGUUGGAGGAUCUGUUGCUUUCAUUUUGGACAAUACUAUCCCUGGUACCCCUGAAGAAAGAGGCAUCAGGAAGCUAAAGCGUGGAUCUGGCCCAAGUGCAGCAGAACUUGAAGGGAUGAGAUCUUAUGACCUGCCAUUUGGAAUGGACUUUAUCUGCGGACACCCUAUCUUCAAGUAUUUUCCCAUCAGUCCUACUUUCACAGGCUACCAGUGGGAUAGGCUACCGGGAGCCUGCAGGAGCCAAAUGGGACAUGGGGAUACGGUGUUGGGAGGAGAGGGAGGCACACCACCGGGGGAAAGUAAAGUAUAGCCAAAGAGCUGGAAUAGGAGAAAUUGCUGAGUUUGGCUGUAUCUGGGGAGCAGAAAUAGUAGGCUGAGAUAAGAAGUUUGGUGUGCCCAGGACAGAAAUAGGACUGUGUGAAAGAAUUGUUGCACAGGCCCCUUUCGAGAGGUUUUCUUUAGUUCGUCUUUUUCUGUUUUCACCUAUGCUAUUUUAAGCAUGCUGCCGCAAGUAUGGCAUGUUU